ACAAUUGUUCCACAAUUUCUCAAUUUGUUGUUCACCACUUGGUACUUUUCAAAUCCUACCUUCGAUUUACCUCUCUUUACAAACAAAAAUCAGCGAUUUCUAUCAGAGUUUAAACUUUUAGAGACUUACGUUGAUCGAUGACUUGUUUUUAUCAGUUUCUCUCACACAUCUUCUAAGCUUCCUGGAUUUGAUAGUCGAACCAUAUUCCUUUCCUUAGCUUCAAUCCUAAGCUUCUUAAGUUCGGUGAUGUCUUCUUCCAACAACGAUGGUAAUAACAAUGGAGUGUACCCUCUCUCUCUUUACCUUUCUUCACUCACUGGCCAUCAAGACAUCAUUCAUAAUCCCUACAACCAUCAGUUAAAAGCAUCUCCGGGCCAUAUGGUAUCAGCAGUUCCUGAAUCUCUGAUCGAUUACAUGGCGUUUAACUCAAACAAUGUUGUGAAUCAUCAAGGCUUUGAGUUUCCUGAGGUGUCCAAGGAAAUCAAGAAGGUGGUGAAGAAGGACCGACAUAGCAAGAUUCACACGGCACAAGGGCUUAGAGACAGGAGGGUUAGGCUUUCUAUUGGGAUUGCUCGCCAAUUCUUUGAUCUUCAGGAUAUGUUGGGGUUUGAUAAAGCUAGUAAAACGUUAGACUGGCUGCUCAAGAAAUCAAGAAAAGCCAUCAAAGAGGUCGUACAAGCAAAAAAUCUCAACAAUGAUGAUGAAGAUUUUGGAAACAAUGGAGGCGAUGUGGAAGAAGAGGAGGAGGAGGAGGAAGAUGGCGAUAAGAGUUUCGUGUAUGGUUCAAGCCCCGAUUCCUGCGGAGAAAAAGUGGUAUGUGAGGUCAAGAAGGCAGAGAAGAGAAAGAAGAAGAGUGAAGUGAGCAACAUGUCAUCAGAGGGAUCAAGAGUCAAAGCUAGAGGAAAAGCAAAGGAGAUGGCAUAUGACCAUCCGGAAACCGUCUCAGAUAUCACACAAUCUGAAAUCAUGGACCCAUUCAAUAGGUCUAUAAUCUUCAAUGAAGGAGAGGGCAUGCCAAAUUCUUUCUACAACGAAGCAAUCGAAGAGUUUGAUAAUCAAGAAUCUAUCUUAACCACGAGGAGGUUCAAUCUACCGGCGAAUAUGGGUGAAAGUUACAAUCAACGUAACGGGACAUUUAUGUUGAUAGAUCAAGGUUCUACCAGCAACUACAAUGCCAUUGAUCUGCCUCAAAUUUUGGAUUAUAACUAUGAUCAAAACCCUUUUGUUGACCAAAGCUUUUGUGCAGUCACCGACACCAAUUUCCCUAGAGGGUUCCCAUAAAGCUUAGUAUUUUCGAAGGACUAGGCGGCUGUCUAGGCAUCAAAUUAAAACAUGUAAGCCAUCCUUUACUCCUCUUGAAUGUAUACUAAAUCUGUAGUUAUAUGUGUUCUUUUUAGCAUAUAUAUGUUGCUUGAUCUUUUGUGCCAUUGAUCAAAAUUUCUUUUUUAAAAGAUUCAAUGUGUGUACCUUAAAAUGUUUUAGCUACAAUUUUCAUUUGGUAUUGUAAGUUUGUAACCUGUAAAGUAUUUUGAAGAUGAAUAAAUGAUGGGACAUGAU